CGCCCCGAUUGACUCCUAACCGAAUCGAAGCACGCGGAACGCCCAGCUUCCGCAACGCGAAUGCUCUGACGAGAGCAUCCGCCACUGGAUGACGGCGGCGGCGGCGACGACGACGGCGAUGCUGACAUCCUCCGCCGUUCCUCCGCCCAUCGCCGCCAGUGCCGGGGCCGGCGCGUUCCCUCCUUUCCUUCCCAAACAGGUGGAGAGUAUCAAGGACCCUUACGCGCGCAAGCUCGCCUCUCGCAUCGAGAGGCUUCCCGUAAGCUUCUCGGAAAAUUGCAUCAUGAGCAGCUGUGUGAAGCCGCUAGUAAAAGGAGAGCCUAAUCCGGUGGUCCUGCUACAUGGUUUUGACAGCUCUUGUUUAGAAUGGAGAUACACAUAUCCGUUGCUUGAGGACGCUGGUCUAGAGACUUGGGCUAUCGACAUUCUUGGUUGGGGUUUCUCUGAUCUAGAACAACUUCCAGCAUGCAAUGUGGCAAAUAAGCGCAACCAUUUAUAUCAGCUCUGGAAAUCCUACAUCAAGAAGCCAAUGAUAUUGGUUGGACCAAGCCUUGGUGCGGCUAUUGCAAUUGAUUUUGCAGUCAUCCAUCCAGAGGCAGUUGAAAAGCUAGUUUUGAUUGAUGCCAGUGUAUAUGCUGAAGGCACAGGGGAUAUGGCGAACUUACCUAGAGCUAUUGCCUAUGCUGGUGUAUCUAUAUUGAAGAGCUUUCCUCUCCGCUUCUAUGUAAAUGUUUUUGCAUUCAGUGGUCUUCCACUCAGCACUAACUUGGAUUGGACUAAUGUGGGGAGACUGCAUUGUCAAUAUCCAUGGUGGGAGGAUGCUUCAGUUGAUUUCAUGCUUAGUGGUGGAUACAAUGUGACUGACAAGAUUAAUCAGGUGGAGCAGAGAGCACUCAUCAUAUGGGGAGAGGAUGACGAAAUUAUCAGUAAUAAAUUGGCCGUGAGACUGCAUGCUGAGCUGCCAAACUCAAUUCUUCACCAGAUACCAGACUGCGGCCAUCUUCCUCAUGUGGAGAAGCCAAACACCGUCGCCAAUUUGAUAACCGACUUUGUGCUGGAAGAUAGCACUAAAGAAGCUGAAUUUGUCUCUCUAAACUGAAAUUUAUUCGCCGACAUUAGCUCUUAGAGAAUUGGUUGUCUUCGUCACAAGGAUCAUCGGCAACAAGCGGUAUCCCACUGCCUCUAAAUCUAUCAUUUCUGCGACUUUACUUAA